AGAGCGCUGCGGUGGCGCCGGGAGUGACCCGCACGGCCCGCUCCUGCCGCCGCCGGGCCGCGGCCAUGCUGCGGGCCUGCCGCCGAGCCGCCGGUGCUGCGGCCAUGCUGCGGGCCUGCCGCCGAGCCGCCGGUGCCGCGGCCGCGCAGAGCAGCUGGCAUGGGAGAGUGUCACUCCGUCCAGUACGACUGUGCCGUGGAUAUGCCACCUCCUCAGGAGAGUCUGGUGUCUCUGUAGGCAAAAUCAUUGGUGCAGGUCUCCUGUUUGUGGGUGGAGGAGUAGGUGGAACCGUCCUGUAUGCCAGCUAUGAUACACAAUUCCGGGAGAGCGUAGAGAGGGCUGUUCCCUACUCUGAUAAGCUCUUUGAGAUGGCACUUGGUCCUGCACCUUAUACUGUACCCAUGCCAAAGAAACCUAUCCAGCAAGGUCCUCUGAAGAUCUCAUCUGUAGCAGAAGUAAUGAAAGAGUCUAAACAGCCUGUUAACAAAUCCCAGAUGGGCAAAGCAGAAGCUUUAGCUCCCUCAGAGGAAAAAGAAGCAGGCAAGGCUGCAGCACAGAUCAUCUCUGCAACUGGUGUAGCCAUGUCAGUGCCAGCUCCAGGGAUACAGACUGAAGAAGGUAAAGAACAUGAAGGUUCCCGUGUCAUAAAGGAAAGGUCACCAGAAGAAGUUGCAGCCCGGCUUGCCCAGCAAGACAAAGAGGAGCAGGAGAUGGUAUCAGCUCUUGCAGCAACUUUAGAAGGAGCCCUAAGUGCAACAGCCCGUACAACCCUGCAGGCCAUCACUGCCCAGGAGGCUGCUGUGCAAGCAGUGAAUGCCCAUUCACAGAUACUGAAGGAGGCCAUGGACAAUUCUGAGGAUGCUGGGGAGAAAAAACCAUCCCAGUGGCGCACCCUGGAGGAGGCUCUGAAGGACCGGAGGAGAGCAGUGGAUGAGGCUGCUGACGCCCUCCUGAAAGCCAAAGAGGAGUUAGAGAAGACAAAAGGUGUAAUCGAGAAUGCCAAGAAGUCUCAGGUUGCAGGAGCCAAACCUCACAUUACUGCUGCAGAAGAAAAUCUUCGUCAUAUGAUAGUGGACUUGGACAAUGUGGUGAAAAAGGUUCAGGAAGCACAGUCUGAGGCCAAGAUAGUAGCUCAGUACCAUGAGCUUGUGGCUACAGCUAGAGAAGAGUUUCAGCGAGAGCUGGACAGCAUCACCCCUGAUGUGAAGCCUGGCUGGAAGGGGCUGAAAAUAACUGACUUAGCUGGCCAGCUGUCCACAGACGACCUGAACUCGCUGAUCGCCCACGCCCAUCGCCGCAUCGACCAGCUGAACAGGGAGCUGGCAGAGCAGCGGGUCAGGGAGCAGCAGCACAUCGAGUCUGCCCUGGAGAAGCAGAAACUUGAAGACAAAAAAGCGUUUGAAGCAGCCGUGGCCAAAGCGCUGGAGCGGCACAAGAGCGAGAUCGAAAUGGAACAGGAGAAGAAGGUUGAGGAAGUGCGAGAGGUGAUGGAGAGCGAGAUGCGGACCCAGCUGCGGCGUCAGGCGGCUGCUCACACCGACCACCUGAGGGACGUUCUGAAGAUCCAGGAGCAGGAGCUGAAGGUGGAAUUUGAGCAGAAUUUGUCAGAGAAACUCAGCGAGCAGGAGAUGCAGUUCAGACGCCUGACUCAGGAGCAGCUGGACAACUUCACCUUGGAUAUCAACACUGCCUAUGCCCGGCUGAAAGGGAUCGAGCAAGCUGUUGAGAGUCAUGCAGUAGCAGAAGAGGAAGCCAGGAAGGCCCACCAGCUGUGGCUUUCUGUGGAAGCGCUCAAAUACUGCAUGAAAACAGCCUCUGGGGACAGUCCCACAGAACCUCUGGAGGGCGCUGUGAAGGCCAUCAAAGCCAGCUGCUCCGACAACGCCUUCACGGAGACCCUGACAGCAGCUCUGCCCCAGGAGUCCCUGACGCGGGGCGUGUACAGCGAGGAGGCCCUCAGGGCUCGCUUCUACACUGUCCAAAAACUGGCAAAGAGAGUGGCCAUGAUCGACGAAACCAGAAACAGCCUCUACCAGUACUUCCUCUCCUACCUGCAAUCGCUGCUGCUGUUUCACCCGCAGCAGCUGAAGCCACCGGCCGAGCUCAGCCCCGACGACCUCGACACCUUUAAGUUACUGUCUUAUGCUUCCUACUGCAUCGAGCACGGGGACCUGGAGCUGGCAGCUAAAUUUGUCAACCAGCUGAGGGGAGAGUCGAGGCGGGUGGCGCACGACUGGCUGAAGGAGGCACGGAUGACCCUGGAGACUAAACAGGUGGUGGACAUCCUGACAGCCUACGCCAGCGCCGUGGGAAUAGGGACGACGCAGGUGCAGUGAGCAGGGAGCGCAGUUCUGGAGGCAGCUGUGCUGGGAAGAAAUCCCAGCAUCUCCAGAGGGCUGGCCAGCCAAGCUGCUGGAGGGGCUGGACGCAUUCCAUCGAAGCGCGGGUACUGUCUGGUUUCCUUGCACUGUAUUUAACUUCACCACCUGAUGUCAUUUGUAUUGGUUUUUCAGUUCCCGUGACAACCAACUGCAGGAAGGUUCUCUACGAUUCAUGUAAUAAUUUUGCUCCCCCAUCUUACCAAGUGGGCUUGUGAUCCAACCCAAAUGAUGUUUGUAACCUGCCAGUCCUAAUUUGCCACUUUGUCAGCUGAAUAAAACAAGACUUCAACCACUUUA